GAAAAGGAAGGGGUCAUGGUGGUGCAUCUCCCUUGGAAUGCAGGAGAAAGUAAAAAGAAAGAUAAUUGGGUGGAAAAAUUGUGUCCAUUUGACCAACCGUGCCAAAAAGUCAAGCUUAUUCACCUAAGCAAGAGCCCCACCGCAGCGCACCUCCACCCCUCCCUUGGACUCGGCUACAAAAGGCCUGGGGAAUCCCUGGUUCGUUCUCACUGCAAGGAUCCUUCUCCCCUCCUUCGUCUAUAUCUCCGUUUCUCCCUCACGCUCUUUCUCUCUCUACUGUUUUUAGAUAGUGGUGUCAUGGAUAUCCUGACAGAGGAGCAGAUCUCUGAGUUCCAAGAGGCCUUCUGCCUCUUUGACAAGGAUGGAGAUGGCUGCAUCACACUGGAAGAACUGGCUACUGUCAUCCGAUCAUUGGGCCAGAACCCCACUGAAGAAGAGCUGCAGGAUAUGAUCAGUGAGGUUGAUGCAAAUGGGAAUGGUACCAUAGAAUUUGGAGAGUUCUUGAGCCUAAUGGCUAGGAAAAUGAAGGAGACUGAUGCUGAAGAAGAGUUGAAAGAAGCCUUUAAGGUCUUCGAUAAGGACCAAAAUGGGUACAUCUCAGCCAAUGAGCUGAGGAAUGUGAUGAUCAAUCUUGGGGAGAAACUGACUGAUGAAGAGGUUGAGCAGAUGAUCAGGGAAGCGGAUAUAGAUGGUGAUGGACAGGUGAAUUAUGAGGAGUUCGUGCGGAUGAUGAUGGCUGCCUAAGAAAUAAUCCCUGAAGAUGAAUCACAUCAGAAGCUUGCUUUUGUGACAUCCAAAGUUUAGUUUUAUCCCUUUUUGCUGUAGAAGAACCUAACUGGAAGUGCUUAUUAUUUCUUUUCCUUUAUUACUUUAUUAUUUUGUUGUUGUUGAGAUUUCAGUCUUUUCUUUGAAAAAUGUUAGUUAUAUGAUCUAUAAUUCAAUUACUGUUCUGCUUUCCAUA